GGCAUGUGCGGUGUCGCACUUGAUGGCAACUUCAGGGUUCUCACAGCCUUUUGUCAGAAAGUGAAGAAAAAUCCUGUGAAAAGGGCAAAAAAAGGCAAAUAAAGUGAGAAAAAUGGUUCAAGGAUGUGUAUUGUGUAGAUAGGAACACCGUGGCGACGCAUAGUGCGUGAUAUUGUGGUGAAAAACAUCAUUGCCUGCCCAAAAUCAUUGGCCAUUUGGUGCAAAGUGCAAAAGUGGGCAGGAAGGCAGGCAUUUGGUUGAGUUGAGUUGAGCGAGAGAAAAAAAAGUGGAAUAAUGGUGGCACAGUGUGGCCCCAUCUCAUUUAUUCCGACCCAAGCGUAGCCCCUUGUAUUUUCCUGCCGGUGCGCCCCUCCCGACGCAUUUCCCUGUGGGAGUUUUCUUGUGCGGAAAAUGCUAGCAGGCUGUGGCAAGUGUCUCUGCAAAUCGUCGUGAAAAUCGAUAAAAAUAAAUUGCGAGUGGCGGCGAUUUGUUGAUUGUGCGACUUUUGGGUGGAAAAAAGACGACCAAAUUCCAAGUGCGGCGCUCCCGGUGCAGGUAGAUUUUUACACUAGUGCACCCCAGGUGAUCUCAGGUGUGACUUGGUGGUGCUUUUGGGGGACAUUUCGGGCAUUUCCGGUGGGUUUUCUGUGCCCCAAAGGGAAUGCUCUGCAACUUGCCUCAAAAGGGACAUCUGGUUGAGAGAUUUCCAUAGGAUAUAAAAAGUUUUUCACUGUGUGACAAAGUGUCCAGGCGGGAUCCUCGCGUCAGUGGUGGACGCGAAGGGAGGCAUAUUUAUAUACAAGAAAGUGAAGUGAGAUAGCUUAGGCAAAAGUGUUGGUGGAUGGGAGAGACAAAGACACGAAUGAAGGUUUCCGUUGGACAGCAAGAGACCUUAAGAGCAGAGUGAAAUUUCUGCCACCAGUAAGACAAACAUCUGGCGGCAUCGCUGCAUCGACGCGCGAGGGCUGAAGGGAGUGGUCUGUGGCAGCAUAAAAGGGGGAAACCCAGAGACCCACACGUAGGAUAGUGAACUGCAAGAGGCAGAAUGCAGCGGCGCGAGGGCAGAGACCAGCGCGAUGGUCGCGACCGUGAUGUUAACAGGCAAACAAGUGGCAUUCCGGGCACUUCAUCAUCAGGAGGUGUUGGUGCGUCUCGAGGAGGUACCAGCAUGUACUCCGCCAGACAUUCAGUCAGCUCCUCAUCUGGCGUCCUGAUGGUGGGCCCAAACUUUCGUGUGGGCAAAAAAAUCGGAUGUGGCAAUUUCGGAGAACUUCGAUUAGGAAAAAAUCUAUAUAACAAUGAACAUGUAGCAAUAAAAAUGGAGCCAAUGAAAUCCAAGGCACCUCAACUUCAUUUAGAGUAUAGAUUUUAUAAAUUAUUAGGAUCACAUGCUCGUUCCAAUUAUACAGAGACCUCAUCAAGUUCGUCGACUAAUUCGAAUAAUCAACCUCCAGAGGGGAUACCAAGAGUUUAUCAUCUUGGAACUUGUGGCGGCAGAUACAAUGCAAUGGUUAUAGAACUAUUGGGUCCAUCACUAGAAGAUCUAUUCAAUUUAUGUGGACGAAAAUUUUCACUGAAGACUGUACUGAUGAUUGCAAAGCAACUACUUCAUCGGAUUGAGUACGUUCAUGGGCGCCAUUUAAUCUAUAGAGAUGUAAAACCAGAGAAUUUUUUGAUUGGCAGAACAUCAACAAAACGUGAAAAAAUAAUCCACAUAAUUGAUUUUGGACUGGCCAAAGAGUAUAUCGACUUAGAUACAAAUAAGCACAUACCAUAUCGGGAACACAAAUCGUUGACCGGAACUGCGAGAUAUAUGUCGAUAAAUACACACAUGGGCAGGGAACAAUCCCGAAGAGAUGACCUGGAAGCCUUAGGACAUAUGUUUAUGUAUUUUCUGCGAGGAUCACUGCCGUGGCAAGGACUGAAAGCAGAUACGCUCAAAGAGAGAUAUCAAAAAAUUGGGGACACAAAACGUGCUACUCCAAUCGAGGUGCUCUGUGACUGUCAUCCCGAAGAAUUCGCCACAUACCUACGCUACGUGCGACGAUUGGACUUUUUCGAGACACCCGAUUAUGAUUACUUGCGAAAAAUGUUCCAGGAGCUUUUUGACCGGAAAGGCUAUGAAGAUGAUGGGGAAUUCGAUUGGACAGGAAAAACAAUGUCGACACCUGUUAAUUCCCUUCAAACGGGUCACGAAGUUGUUGUGUCUCCAAACCGUGACAGACAUACUCCUGUGAAUAAGACAAACGCUAAGGGGAAUGUUGCUGCAUGGACCGAUGUUCCUAAGACUGGCGUGACAUUGGGCAAUCUUACACCGGCUGAUCGGCAUGGUUCAGUUCAGGUGGUGAGCUCAACAAAUGGUGAAUUAAAUAAUGAUGAUCCCACGGCAGGACAUUCAAAUACUCCAAUUACUCAACAACCCGAAGUGGAAUUGGUUGAUGAAACAAAGUGUUGCUGUUUCUUUAAACGAAAGAAGAAGAAAUCAUCCCGUCAAAAAUGACUAGAAGCAGUGCAAUGCAGUCCAGAGAGGGAGGCAGUCACAUUGCUUCGUGCCACUUCACACUCAAAUUCACGGGAUAGUGUUUUAAAUCCGAGUCAAGAUUUCGUUCAGGCGACUUCGCAGCAUACACUCCGUUAUCCAUCCGCGUCCGUGUUGACGCCAACACCAACAAACACUCCGACACUUCCUUUGUAACAACAGUGCAUGGAUCGUUUGAGAUUGCAAGGAAGUCAAUGCUAAAAAGAAGAUGAAAAAAAACAUGUAAGACAAACACACAAACAUAUAUUUGAUAAUGAAGAGAAAAACAUCAAAAGAAUUCUUUAGAAACAAAAAAAACUAAGGCAAGUUUCCAGCACAAAUAGUGCAAUAGAUAGAUAGAAAUUGGGAUUUGCAAACUCAAUCAUCUGCAUUUGAUAAGAAGCGUUGAAAGGAAAUUGAUAAUCAAUCGAUGAAUUUAUACCUCUUGAUUUGUUUUUUUUUUAGCCAAUUCAUUAUUAUCCUUAAUUACACGUGUCCAAGUGAUUCCAACACAAAGAUGAAGAAAACAAAAAAAAAUGAUAAAUGGCAUUUUCUUUCAGCAGGAAAUUUUGUGUUUUUAGUAAUUUAUGUUUUUGUUGUAUGUUCCAGUGAAUAUAAUUUAGUUGGGUAUUCGUUUUUCUUUUAUUUUUUAAUUUUAUUUAGAUAGAAUGUUAAAUUGACGAAUAUUCAGGCAAAUUAUCGCUUUAAAAAAGAAGAAAAAGCUCUAUCCUGAUCAUUAUUUUCCUUUAUUUGUUUCCUUUACUUCCAGAAAAUUAAGAUUCUUUUAAAAGAAUUUUUAAAAGAAGCAACUUUAUAAAUUUUUCUUCUUAAAUAAAUUCUUUACUUCUCUCUGUUGGACGUGAUAAUGUUAUUUAAAAAAAAAACUUAUUUCUAGCUUUUUUUUUCUAAUCACAAAAUCAUCGAUUUAGUUGAGUGUUUCGAAGCAGUGCGAAAGUAAAAAUUAUCUCAAAGACUAAUGUAGUCGCAAUUAAAAGCGAUGGACGAAGAAUUUAUAAGUAGGACGAAUGUAAAAAAAAAUAACAAUCUCUUUACAAGAAUCAAAGAAAAAUUAAAUAAAACGAAAAAAAGCAGACUCGCGAGAGAAGAAAAUUGAUGAAGGAUGAACAAAGUGAGUAAACGUGAAUGUGUUAAAAAAAGAACUUUAAUUGUAAUAAUUCUUAGGAAAUAUUGUAUGUAAUUAAUGAUAAAGGAUGUAUUUUAAUUUUUUUUCGCGUUUUGAAAAACCCAUAAUACAAUUAUUAUAACAUAAAAAAUGAAGAACAUGUUACUAUAUACACAUAAGCAUAUUAUGCAAGAAAAAAAACUAUAUUUUUAACAGAAAGGAAAAUGAUGAUGAAAAAAACACGAAAUGCAACACUAAAAAAAACUUUAAAAAGUAAAAAAAAAGUCAGUCGAAAUGUGAGAAUUGAAAUGAUGAAAAAUUUACAAUAACAUGAAAGUGACAUAGAAUUAUUUAUUCAUUACAUAUUUCUGCAAGAUUAAAGUGCAUAGAAAUUACACAAAGAGUGUUUGGUUGGUUUAGAGGGUGUUCCCAAUUGAAAUGCAAGAAAAAUUGAAUUGGAUGCUUUUUUGUUGAUUUUCUUUGGUUGGUAAGUAGAUUUUUUCAUUUAUUUUUUAUUGACUUUACUGAAUAAUUUUUCUUUUAUGUUCCGUGAAAGUUUUUCAGAGCUUGAACUAAUAUUUGCAAUCAAUUUUGACUUUUAGGAAAUUCAUCAAUAAGUGGAAAAAUAAGAAAUUCAAUAACUUAAUUUUAGGAAGAGUUUCUUUUAAUUAAAAAAAAUAUGUAGGUAUCUACUUUAUUUUUUUUAAUUGAAAAAAUAGCGAAGAAAUAUUUGAAAAGCAGAAAGUUUUUCCAAAAAACUUUUGCAAACUUUUAAUUAAUUAAAUAUUGAAGCACCUUGAGACAUUAUUUGUUGAAUAAAAAACAUCACGUUAAGAAAUUUCUUUUCCUGAUUUGAAUUGAACUUUACCCUUGAGAAUCCUUAUUAAGUUUUACAUUAUAAAAUGUCAUUUCCAGGAAAGUUUGAAAAGUAAUUUUAUUCUUAUCAAAUUAUUUCGAGUUUUGGUCUGCGUAUGAGCCAAUUAACGCGAAAGAGUUAAGAGAAUAUUAGCCUCUUGAAAAACUCCAAAACUCGUAAGACCGAAACUCUUUUACUCUGGCUUUUAACUGAUUUUAAAAACAUGGCCAAAAUGAAAAAUAUUCAUAAAAAAAUGUUUCAAAAACUCCUUGCAAAGAAUCUCCGAUGAAACAUGAGCGCAAAUGUUUAUAUUGCAAAUUUUGAGGGCGAAAAAUUUGUUUUCUAGCUAAAUAUUUAAAAGUAAAAAUUUUUUUUGAUGGUUCGUUUAUUAAAAUAUAUUUUAAAACUUUAAAAUAUUUUAACAAAUUAAUUUACAUUUCUGUUUUAAAAGAUUUUUUCUUAUGAAUUAAAUUCAAUUUUAAAAAGUAUUGUGAUGAAAUUUCUCAUAGAUGAAGAAACAAACUCAUCAGUUGCUCAAAAUUUUCUACAAAGCUUCUAUAAGUGAAUUUUGCUCUGAAAUGAAAAUGAAGCAGCUUUCAGAAAUAAAUUAAGAUUCUAUGCUCAAAAUUUCAUAGAAAUUCUUUACAAAAGAUGCAGAAUUAUUCGAGAAAUUGUUUUUUUUUUUCAAGAAAUUGAGAGAAAGCAACGAAUUGUUGAGUUAAAUUUAUUUCUCAAAAUCCAAUUCAAUUUGCACACACUGGGGCACCCUCUUAAAUUAAAAAAAAAAACAACAACUGAAGAAAAACAUAAAAUGUGUAUCAUAUGUAUAUAUUUUUAACCAAUCGACUUUAGAUUGUUUGAGAAAACAAAUCAUUUUUUUUUAAUGAGAAAACCAAAUUUAUUUUUUUCGUCGAAAGGUUAGCCAAUAUGGAGAAUAAAUGAAUGAGGAGGAGGACAGACAAAAAAAGAUAAAAAAAAGUCUUAGGUGAAUUAUUUUGCAUUCAGGAAAUGAUGUGUAUGUGAUUUGAAAGGUUGAUAGUGUUAUUUAGAUAUGAAACAAAUUUAUAUAUUUGAAUUUUAUUCAAUCCAAAUCCCACACAUUCCGCCAUCCUUAAUAUUUAUAAAAAGAAAACAAA